AUGGAGGCAAUGGAAAACACCUCUAGGAUUGGACUAGUCGCCGGGCAUGCAAGCUUCCUCGAACCGGAGAAGGCCUACGGUCUCUUCAUCACCACCACCUUGCAAGUUGGCACCCCCGGCCUGGUAGUCAUCUCUCUCUCCGACUGCCACGAACAAUUCGCACUAGCUCUUGCGAAUAUAGCCAACAUUCUGAAUCUUGAGUUCCACAGAGCAGAGACAAAGCUAGAACAAUAUUUCCUUCCCUCAGCUACUGCACCCCUGUGGACACAUACCGUGGGGACCUAUGUCUUCAAACAGCCAAUACUCCUGCUUCGAUUCUGUGGCUUAAUCACUCUAGUCGCAUUAGUGCAAAUCUUCGGUUUCCUAUUGCGUUAUGUGCGCUCCUCCAUCGCUAAUGCCGUAGUGACGUGGUUCUCCAGGCCCUUUCUGCUGCUCGCCGCCAUUCUCUUCAUUACUCUCGGUGUCUACAUUAACCAAUACGUCUUCCAAGCACCUCAACAAAUCACCUACCUUCAACAUGUCAGCUUAGCACUUCUUUUCAUGCUCACCACAAGUUACGCUUGUGGUUGGCUAGCCGGUCUCAUUCUCAACCUGAGGGUACAGCGAAGUCGGGCGUUAGCCAACCAAGUAUCCGUCUACCAGGGUUUUCUCGCAAUUCCCCUCCUACGAAUUUGUGUACCCUCUCCCGAAGGUGAAUUGGCCUCCGCUACAGCCCUGUGGACUGUCUUCCUAACACCCGUUCCUCUUAUCUACAACGCAGUUCUCAAGUUUACAAUUCGAACUAUCAAAUCAGCCUACAAGGCUCACAAAGUGCGAAUGCAAAAACGCGGUCCCACUGCUGUCCUUUGUGCUGAUUCCCUAGCAGCAGUUGCCUUCACAUCAAUGCUACUUCCAGAGACAACAGAGCACAAGCACAAGACCACAACCGCCAGCGAUGGGCUAUUCUCUGAUGAGACUUCAAAUAGCACCAUCAAUUCAGCUCCAGUGGGUCAACGGAAAUGCAAGAGCACUAUUGUAAGACCAGCAGCCUCCGUCGUGUUCUUUCUCAAAGAUAGUGUUAGUGACGUGGAAAAUCGCGAAAGAAUUUUGGAAGCCCUGGCACGCAAGGGCGGAGUUAGUGUGAGCGAUAAGGGAAGAAGAAAUGGAGGAGGAAUGCAAAGAACACCACACCAUCAUCCCAGAUCAAUGGACGAUGCCUGUAGCAUUCCGGGUGCGUGGGGUGGUCCAAUCAGUUGUGGUGGCGGUGGUGGUGGAGCAGCAGGACCCCCAAUGCCACCGCCACCGCCCUCGUCCAAACCGCUCUUUUGA